AUGCCUUCAGGAUCAAACAGUUACCGCAACCCCGACAAUAAGAAGAUGUCCGAAGAAGAACAAAAUAUUAGCUCAAGCUACAGCUACAGCACAGCACUACACGCCUAUCGCCCUAAGGCGCCAGGCAAUGACGCCGAAGCUUCCAACGCAAAAGGAGCAGGAGGUGGAGAGAGCGGCCAGAGUGCAGCAUCAGAGGGCAAGAGCUCACUCAAGUUUAUGGCCACGCCGGUGCCGAAAGAUACAAGUGACGGAGCAGAGAAACGUAAGAUGGUCACAGUGACAUUGAAGCCUAAGGUCAAGGGAAAAGAUACCAAGGACGAGGGGGGUAGUCCACAGGAGAAUUGA